GCGCGCCGUGGGACGGGGAAGUCUUCGGGCUCUUCGACCUCUGUGUCCUUGUUCUUUUGCGAGGUUCUGGGCUUCCCUGCUCCUCGAAAGUUCAUUCUUGCGCAGAGCCCCAAAGCCAGCAAGUCGUCCAUGAUGAGCUGCAUGAUAAAGACUGUGCAGGAGGCGAUGAAGGUCCUCACCAGUGCUCGCGGUUUUGAUAGAGUUUUGGAAAAGGUGACUGUUAUCUCUGCUGUUCCUGGGAAAGUGGUUUGUGAAAUGAAAGUAGAAGAAGAGCAUACUAAUAAAAUGGGCACUCUCCAUGGCGGUUUGACAGCUACUUUAGUAGAUGACGUAUCAACCGUGGCUCUGCUAUGCACGGAGAGGGGCUUACCUGGAGUCAGUGUCGAUAUGAACAUAACGUACAUGUCACCUGCAAAAAUAGGAGAAGAUGUAGUGAUUACAGCACAUGUUCUGAAGCAAGGAAGAACACUUGCAUUUACCUCUGUGGAUCUGACUAACAAGGCCACGGGAAAGCUAGUAGCACAAGGCAGACACACAAAACACCUGGGAAACUGAGACCAGCAGGAUGACCUAAAGAAUCCCAGCAGUGAAUAUCAAGUGUAAAUUUGACUUGAACAAAUGUAAUUUUCAAAAUAAAUUAGUAAAACCAGAA